AUAGUCGAUUACACGGCGCGACCGCGCAUGGACGUGCCGCGAAGCUUUUCGACGCGCUUAGCACGCGGUUCGCACUUCGUAAUUUAAUACGACACUAACAUCAAAGGAAAACUUAAAAUAUAGAGUAACACUGUUUUCUUAAAGAUAUUAUAAUUAAAAUAUUUGGAACAUUUUCUAGUUUGUGAAAGAGAUAGUGAGCGGUGAUACGUGUUAUAUAAAGAUCCCAAGAAGAUGUGCUAUUUAUCAAACAAAGAAAAUGACAGUUGAUGGAAUCACGUGAAGCAUAAAAGUUUUGUUUCCUUUCCUAAUAUUUUUACUACAAUUUGAUAGUGCAGUUAACUUAAAGUUAAAUACAGUUUUACUAGAAUUAUUACAAAUUACAGACUGAUUUAAGUGAUUGUACGUUAGAUUAGUGCUCAUAUUGUAUUGGUGAUUGAAUCUAUCCCAAUCAAUAUGUUGUUUCAAGGGCCUCUUCUGUUCCACGUAUUCAUAAUAUUCAUCACAGUAUGCAUUAGAGAAACGCUAACAACUUCACAGUCAACCAGCACUGAAGUAAGUCCGUCGAUGCUUCAAACGACACCCGCGAUACGAACGAAUACAACAUUGUACGCGUGGAGCGCGUGGGGUGCGUGGAGUUCGUGCUCGCGCUCGUGCGGCGGCGGCGUCGCCGUGCAGGAGCGCCAGUGUCUCCCACGGGAUCCCACAAGAUGGCGUCGCAGUAGAAAGAGAAGAAAGUUGACGAGGAGUGUGGAUCACACCCGCCGAGCAAGGAACAUAAUAACACGCUCCGAACCCGACUGUCCCGGCCUCGGGCGCCGCUACCACGAGUGUAAUACUGCGCCGUGUCCCGGUCCACGUCGUGACUCUCGGGCGGACCAGUGUGCAGUGUACGACCGCAGACCUUUCCGCGGACGCUUUUAUACUUGGGUGCCAUAUGUUGAUGGGAAUGCUCCGUGUAUUUUGAACUGCAGACCACGCGGACAACAGUUCUACGCUUCAUUAGCGCUGGUAGCUGACGGCACACCUUGUACUAAACCGGGAUUUCGAGCUAUUUGCGUACAAGGAAGCUGUAAAGUUGUGGGCCGAGAAGGCGUCCUUGCGUCAACAGCGACACGCGAAGUCCGCUGUGGCCGCCGCCUCGUUUCGGGACUCUUUACCCGGCCCCGUUUGCCUCUAGGCUACUCAUUUGUGACCACAAUCCCACGUGGUGCAUGUCGCCUGAACGUCUCCGAAAUUGUACCCAGCGACAAUUAUAUCGCGUUAAGAGUGACGAAUGGCUCCUACAUUAUGAACGGAGAGUUUGCCGUCAGUGCACCCGGUACAUACGAAGCGGCUGGUACGCGCUUUAUAUAUUCACGCACUGCGGGGCUUGACAAUGUUUUCGCUUUGGGACCCAUACAUCAUUCAAUUGACAUUAUGGUUUUAUACACACAACCGAACCCACACAUAAAGUAUGAGUACUUAACCGACUUACCACCCGAUGAUACGAAUAACGACAUUCCGCCUGCAAGCAACACUCCUGUACAUCAUCAAGCAGCUCGCCAUCAUCGCCAUCACAAUGCUGAAUCUCACACGCGUGCUCUUCAAAACUCGAAAUCUGAACCUUCCUUAUCGAAGCAACCAGAUUUCACAUCAAUGGAAAGUCAAUUCCAAAUCGACAGCAACGUUAUCGGUGAUAGAAAGUUUAUGUGGAAGAUAUUAUCGUUCACGCAAUGUUCGCGCUCAUGCGGCGGAGGUCUCCAAAUAGGCAAGUUCAAGUGUGUUGAAGUCAGUGAGACGGAUGAUCGAGAAGUCUCUCCGGCACAUUGUUCUGGCAAUCCGCCACCAUCACAGCGUCGUCGUUGUGGUACCACUCCUUGUCCUCCCCGAUGGAGAGCUGCAGCUUGGGGGCCUUGCCCUGUUUGUGGUCCAGCCCACCGUACAAGAAUCGUAGGAUGUGUUCAAGAUCAUGCUCGAGGCAUAACUAAGAUAAGUGAUCAAAAAUGUCCUCUUCCGAUGCCGCCGAGUAGUAAACCUUGUAAUAUUCCAAACUGCGACGGCACUUCAUCCACAACAAAUGCGGAAUCACGUUUCGAUUCUAAACGUCAAGUGCGACCGAAAGAUCGUACUGAAACAUUCCGCGAGGGACCAGUCAUUUCCCUGGCAGCAAAUUUCACGGAAAAUGAAGUUAGUGCUACGAUGGAACCAUCUUUUAGCUACAGUACAGCUGGCGGGUGGCUGUACACUGAGUGGUCUGAGUGUGUCGGUUGGUGCGUUGGGGGUGGAGUGCAAUCUCGAGGAGUACGAUGUGCAGACCCCAAUGGCUGCGCUGCUCAUCGCGCCCCUCACUCUUCACAGUCAUGUUCCCUAAGGAAACAAUGCGAUGCUCAGUGGUUCACAGGCGAAUGGUCUCCAUGCUCGGCAGCUUGCGGUGGCCGCCAAGUCCGAGGAGUGAUUUGCAUAGGAGGGAACGGCAGGAGACUGCGCGACGGCUCUUGUCAAGCACCACGACCAGAAUCUGAGAGGGCCUGCGGGGGUAUAUGCGCACCUUCGUGGUAUCUUAGUGACUGGGGAGAGUGCAUGGGUCCGUGCGAGGCGGGCAUACAGACACGGACGGUCUGGUGCGCUCGCGGCGGCGCGGCGGGAGCGGCGGGCGCGGCGCGGGACGCUGAUUGCGCCGGGCUGCGGCCCGCGGCGCGUCGCACCUGCGUGCCCGCCAGGUGCUCUACCAAGCCCAACGUCAAGCCAGCCUUCAUCAGUCCCGUGCCAUCGGUUGCAGAGACACAGAGAGUAACUAGACACCAAAGUCUGAAGGAUCGAUCGCUUGCCGACGGUGCAUGUAUGGACAAAUUAAGCAACUGUAUGCUAGUGGUGCAAGCGCGACUUUGCCAUUAUCCGUACUACGCCGACAACUGCUGCCAUUCCUGCCUUGGGCGAUAAGUUAAAAUCGGCUAAGGUAUGAAAAAAGGUACUCUUGCGAGCAAAAACCAAGUAAGGCGGCGGGUUAGUGGACUCGUGACUCAUAGUAUUGUGAUAAAUAAUGGACGCAUAGUGAGAACACGCAUUCAGUAAUCAGACGAGCGCCCGAUUUAGGCCCGUACCCGUAAGGAAGUAGAAAUCCCUCGCAUUUAAGCCCCUUAAUGAUGUUUAUGUGGUUAUAACAAUGCGUAUAAUUGCCGUAAAUAAUGAAGCAACGGUCCUUAAUAUUAAAGGUAUCUUUGCGAAACAUAUUAUAAGAGAUAAUGUCGAGCUAAAACCCAUACUAACUAUGUAUGGUGAUCUUUGUAGCAAUUCUGUAGCGGUCAUUAAAGCAUACGCAUUUUGAUUGUAGAGAAGGUUUAUGUUUCUCAAAUUCACUUUUAAGUAUUAGAAAUAAUUUCGUGAUCUCCAGUUUUUAAUGAGCUGAAUCUGUGCAAGAAACUGUUUCACGAUGAAUUCGUAAAUUAAUGAAUACGAAAAAUAAUAAACAGAACCUUUUAAUGUUCUUCACCAUUUAAUGUAAUAUUUAUAAUGCCUGAAUAACAUUUUAAUUGGCCAAUAUUUGAAUUUCAAGUAAUAUUUUUAUUAAGAGAUUAAUUAAAAUUGUAUAUUAUAAAAUUGUAGUAGAUAACUGCAUGAAUGCUAUCAUUCACAGUAUAUUAGGCUAUGCUAUUAGAUAAUAAGAAACGAUAGUAUUCCUUACAAAUGUUUAUAAAAUAUUUCUGUAUGGUGUGUAUUUUUUAGAAACUUUAUUUUGUGUUCAUGAUUAUUUAUUUACGCUGAUUUCUAUAAAUAAAAUCAUUUAUUUUAGAAUUGUAAUGUAAAUAGUUACUUUGUAUGUAUAGUGCAUUUAUAUACUGGCUGUUAAGUAUUUAUAAUCUUUAGUCAACAAUAGUCAAUAUUAUAUCACAAAUUCUUUGAUAAACUGUGUUUUUUUUUGUCACCAGAAUAACAUCAAUUUAAUCAUCAUAUUUAAUAAAAGUCAAUGUUACAUCACAACUUCUUUAAUAUUAUUUGUCACCAGAAUAACAUCAAUUUACGAUUAAGUAAACAUUUCUGUACUAAUCAUGCAUAACAACGUACAAAAAUUAUAAGCUUUAAACACG